AUGCCCGACCCAGCCCCCAAACGACCCUUCUCCAAAGUCCUCAUAGUAGGCGCCGGCCCCUCGGGCCUGCUCCUCGCCCUGCUGCUCUCCAAGCACGGCAUCCCCGUGCACAUCCUCGAAGCCGCCGCCGACCUGGACCAGCAGCCGCGCGCGGCGCACUACGGCGGGCCCGCCAUCCCCGAGUUUGAGCGUGCCGGCAUCGCCGACGCCAUCCGCGAGCGCGGGAUUGUGAUUAGUACUAUGUGCUGGCGGAAACCGCUUGUUGGUGUUGCUGGUGAUGCUGGUGGUGGUGGUGGUGCUGAGGUUGAGGUUGAGGUUGAGGGUGGGGGGGAGCGGAUGGCGGGGUUUGAUAUGCGUGUGGUGGCGGAUGUGGAAGGGCAGGAUCUGAGGACGCAUUGUCUGGUGCUGCAGGAGUUGGAUCGUUUGAUGUUGGAGGAGGUGACGGGGAAGUAUGGCGGGGUGGUGGAGUGGGGGAGGAGGGUGGUCGGGGUCGGGCAGGAUGGGGAGGGGGCGUGGUGCGAAGUGGAGGUGGAGGAUGGCGGCGGUGCUGGUGGGAAGAGGAGGGAGGUGGUCAGGGGCGAUUAUGUGGUGGGUUGUGAUGGGGCGAAUAGUGCGGUGAGGAGGGCGCUGUUUGGGGAUGAGUUUCCGGGGUUUACGUGGGAUGCGCAGAUCAUUGCGACGAAUACGUACUAUCCGUUCGAGGAGAAGUUUGGUUGGGACGACGCGAACUUCAUCAUACACCCAGAGCAUUUCUUUAUGGCCGCCAGGAUCACCCGCGACGGGCUCUACCGCAUCACCUACGGCGAAACCCCCGGACUCUCCCGCGAAGAGUACGUUGCCCGCCAGCCCUGGAAAUUCGAGACCAUGCUCCCCGGCCACCCGAAGCCCGACGAAUACAAAAUGAUCAACAUCUCCCCCUACCGCAUGCACCAGCGGUGCGCCCCCAAGUUCCGCGUCGGCCGGGUGCUGCUGGCCGCCGACGCCGCCCACCUGUGCAACCCGUGGGGCGGCCUCGGCAUCACGGGCGGGUUCGUCGAUGUUGGGGGUCUGUACGACUGCCUCGCGGGGAUAUGGGACGGCAAGGCGGACGACUCCAUCUUGGAGCUGUACUCGGAGAAGCGGAUUGAGAAGUGGCGGACUAUCAUCGAUCCCAUAUCGCAGGAGAACUUCAGGCGGGUGUCGGACAAGGUCCCCGCGACGAGAUUUGAGAGGGACGAGUUUAUGCAGCUGGUGCAGAAGGGCGACACUGAUAAGGUAUUCUUGAAGGAGUUGUUAUUAGGGCCGAUGGAGGUGCGGUACGACUUUACGCAGCAUUAUAAGGACGUGGAGAGGAAAGAAUGA